AUGCCACUGCCAAUUUAUAAACAACCAAAUGAGGGUGAGGAGGAGAUGAAGAAGGGCUGGGUGCGUCACGAGAAACUGUGCGCACAACUCGAGGCAUGUUCGUUGGACCUGAAACAGAACGAGGCGCAAAUGUCGAUUCUGACGGCGACCGGUGCGGAAUUGAAGGAGAAGCAUAAGAAGAUUCGCGGACUUUUGGAUGAAGCUAAAGCUAAUGAGGAGCUUGAAAAGUUAUCAAAGGAAAUCGAGAACGUGGAGACGCAGACUCGAAUCUGGCUCAAUGAGCUGCACGAUGUGCAUGACAAACGAGUGGAUAUUGAUUGCCAAAUGAUUCGUCUGGGCUCGGAGGUCAAGAAGAACGAGACCUACGUUCAGUUAGCAUGCAUUGAUAUCGAGAGAAUGGAGAUUCGUCAUGAAAUAAGAUGGAAGAAAUUCCUGCAAAACAGCCCGUGCAAGUAA